UAUGGGGCAGGGCCAGCUUCAGCGUUUUGUCCGCAGUGUGACCUCCGCUCCGCACAUACGACUGUACACAUUGGCUGUCCAAUAAAAGCACGCCGCUCACGCCGAUUUUCAGCAGUGUUGCAGCAGUUAGUUCAAUCGCUUCUAUCUUGGCUGCCACUUUCUCGAGAAAAUGGCGUUGCUAACUCCCCUCUUUGCGUUCCUCUACCACCUGCCGCAGGUUUAUAAGUGGUUGCUAAAACCUUACUAUGUAGCCUCGUUGUUUAUGUCCGUCGCUUUUCUUAUAGUCCGGAAAACACCGGGGAUCUGCGAGCAUCUCUCAACGCAGCGAGAGGAUGGGAACUCCUGCGACUUCGACUGGAGAGAGGUGGAGAUCCUCAUGUUUCUCAGCGCCAUCGUCAUGAUGAAGAACCGGAGAGCCAUCACUGUGGAACAGCACGUGGGGAACAUCAUCCUCUUCAGUAAAGUGGCCAACGUCAUCCUCUUCUUUAGACUGGACAUCCGCAUGGGCCUGCUGUACCUCACGCUCUGUAUUGUCUUCCUGAUGACCUGCAAGCCCCCUCUCUACAUGGGACCAGAGUACAUCAAGUACUUCAGUGAUAAAACCAUAGACGAGGAGCUGGAGAGGGACAGCCGGGUGACCUGGAUUGUGGAGUUCUUCGCCAACUGGUCCCCCGAGUGCCAGAGCUUUGCCUCCAUCUACGCCGACCUGUCACUCAAGUAUAACUGCGCAGGGCUGAAGUUUGGAAAGCUGGAUGUGGGCCGAUAUGGAGAGAUGUCUAAGAAGUUCAAGGUGAGCACCUCCCCCCUCUCCAAACAGCUGCCCUCUCUGGUGCUCUUCCAGGGGGGCAGAGAGAUCGUGCGGCGCCCCCAAGUGGACAAGAAAGGAAGGGCUGUGUCCUGGAGCUUCACUGAGGAGAACAUCAUCCGAGAGUUUAACCUGAACGAGCUGUACCAGCGCUCCAAGAAACUGUCCAAAGGCAAGGCCGAGAAGUUCCCCCCUGUUCCCGAGGAGGAGGAGGAGGAGGUGGAGCCAGAGCCCCAGGAGGAGGAGGAGUCUGAGACCAAGAAGGACAAAUAGAGAGCCAGAGAUGGCGACACGGCUGUGACAUCACAACGCGGCUGUGACAUCACGAUGGGACUGGAGGGAACCGCGGGCACGUUGGAGGGCGGAGGGCGGAGGCUGCCUUUAAGGAGAGGAUAUGGGCUUCGGAAGCUUGAAGUUAUUUGUGUUUUUUAACAUUAGCAUUCUAAUGAAAAGCUUUAGCUAUGUGAUCAACUAUUUAACAGUGUAAUGUACAUAAACCCUGCCUGUGAUGUACAGAAAGCUUCCAACUGAAAACUCCUUGGUGUUGUCUGCUGCCAUAUAAACAUACUCCACUGUAACUGGCUGGAGUGAUGAGACUCCCCUCCAUUGUUCUCACACACACGCACACACACACACACACACGCACACCUGGGGCACCCUAACCCUAACCCUGUUCUUUUCCUGACCUGGAAAUUGAUCGAGGUCCGCCCUCUUUAAGGAAAUUCAGUUCCUUUCAUUGCUCCUUCUUUGAGCUAGAAUUACUUGGUGGCUCCCUGAGCUUUCUUGAGCAAGAAAAGAUGCGUUAAUCCUUCACUGAAGUAUUUUAUUUAGAAUGUGUGACGUAUAAAUGAUUGACCUGCGGAUCCACCAAUGCUCUCAAGCUUGAAUUAUGUCAACUAAUGUAUUCUCUCCAUUGAGAAUCUAGCCUGUAUCUUUCCUAUAGUUUACCACAGCGAAAGCUAGUCUCCGCCCAGCAAAAGCACCCCGAGAUCUACGGGAAUGCCACUGGGAGACGGCCCUUUCCAAGGAGUUCAUUGGUUAAAGGGAAGAGCUCUUAUUUGUUGUAAGCGGAUAGCUUGAACAUAACAUUACAUUACAUUACAUUAAUGGCAUUUUGCAGACGCUCUUAUCCAGAGCGACGUACAGUUCAUUAGACUAAGCAGGAGACAAUCCUCCCCUGGAACAAUACAGGGUUAAGGGCCUUGCUCAUGGGCCCAACGGCUGUGCGGAUCUUAUUGGCUACAGGGUCAUGUACAUUAACCACUAAGCUACAGUCAUGUAUGUACCUUAACCACUAAGCUACAGCGUCAUGUACUUUAACCACUACGCUACAGUCAUGUACCUUAACCACUACACUACAGGGUCAUGUACCUUAACCACUACACUACAGUCAUGUACCUUAACCACUACACUACAGUCAUGUACCUUAACCACUACACUACAGGGUCAUGUACCUUAACCACUACACUACAGUCAUGUACCUUAACCACUACACUACAGUCAUGUACCUUAACCACUACACUACAGUCAUGUACCUUAACCACUACACUACAGGGUCAUGUACCUUAACCACUACACCACAGUCAUGUACCUUAACCACUACACUACAGUCAUGUACCUUAACCACUAUGCUACAGUCAUGUACCUUAUCCACUACACUACAGUCAUGUACCUUAACCACUACACUACAGUCAUGUACCUUAACUACUACACUACAGUCAUGUACCUUAUCCACUACACUACAGUCAUGUACCUUAACCACUACACUACAGUCAUGUACCUUAACCACUACACUACAGUCAUGUACCUUAACCACUACACUACAGUCAUGUACCUUAUCCACUACACUACAGUCAUGUACCUUAACCACUACACUACAGUCAUGUACCUUAACUACUACACUACAGUCAUGUACCUUAUCCACUACACUACAGUCAUGUACCUUAUCCACUACACUACAGUCAUGUACCUUAACCACUACGCUACAGUCAUGUACCUUAUCCACUACAUUACAGGCCGCUACAGGCCGCUCCUAAGCUGUCAGGUUAGCCGCGCAGUGUAGUUUGUUACCCUGGCGAUAAACCCUGAUUUAACUGGGCUUCAUAAUACAGAAAAUGCUUCGGUUAGCUUGCUAAACCCAUAAUUUCACUUCUUAGUUCACCCCCCAGUUUGCAUGCACACACACACACACACACACACACACACACACACACACACUCGCACGCACGCACGCACGCACGCACGCACGCACGCACGCACACACACACACACACACACACACGCACACACACCAGGUCCUCAGUUUGUGUGCGCACACACACACUCUGGGUCCUCAGUUAGGAACACGCACCUUCAUAAAAGUUCAGAAGGAGAAGUAAACAAAAAAAUAAAAAAUAAUUGCACUUA